CUCGGUCGUUACUCUUUCCUCUUCCUGCAGUAGCGCUGACUGGCUGUUCACCGCCUACACACUGCCCACUUGCUCAGGUGACAGCCUCAACAAACCGCCCCCUCCUCGCAGAGAUGGAGGAGAUGUCUGUGGAUGACAGCAGAACUGGAGGACAGAAACAAGUGUUUGCGCCGCUCUUAUGAAAGAAGUGAAGAUAGGAAACGGGUUUAUCUCCCCUGAAGCAGACUAAUUACUGCUUCCCGCAAAGCCUUAGUGGCAGUCUUCGACGUCCUUUUGGUCAUUUUAAGCCACAAAGCUUAAAAUAGAGAGGAAGAAGGAGACGAAGCUAACUCAAACUCUAUUCAGCAUCGGCUUAUCUCCUGUAACGGUAUCGACACCACCUGGAUGCAAUGACGGACUCGGUUGUUGAUAGCAAGACGGAGGUCAAACAAGCAACGAAAUAUGUCAAAGAGACCGAAAAUGUCGCGGAAAAAUAUUCGGCAUUGACUGUGAGCAAAAACAGCAGUGAUGUGAAUAUGAAUGUGGGAGAAAUGCCCUCCGCAGCGUUCACCGCAGUCCCGACUCUGAAGACCGUCAAGAAGAUCCAGUUUGCUAACACAGAGGACAAACAAGAGUUCAGCAAGUACCCUACCAAGGCGGGCCGCCGCUCCCUCUCUCGCUCCAUCUCACAGUCCUCCACAGACAGCUACAGCUCAGCUGCAUCGUACACCGACAGCUCCGAUGAUGAAACCUCCCCCCGGGACAAAGCGCAGGUCAACACGCACGGCAGCACCGACUUCUGCGUCAAGAAUAUCAAGCAGGCAGAAUUUGGUCGCAGAGAAAUUGAAAUUGCAGAACAAGACAUGUCUGCCCUGAUCUCCCUGAGGAAGAGAGCCCAGGGGGAGAAGCCACUGGCCGGGGCGAAGAUAGUGGGCUGUACCCACAUCACGGCUCAGACAGCAGUCCUGAUUGAGACUCUGGUAGCCCUCGGGGCCCAGUGCCGCUGGACCGCCUGCAACAUCUACUCCACUCAGAACGAGGUGGCCGCUGCUCUCGCUGAAACUGGGGUGCCUGUGUUUGCCUGGAAGGGCGAGUCAGAGGAUGACUUCUGGUGGUGCAUCGAUCGCUGUGUCAACACGGAGGGCUGGCAGGCCAAUAUGAUCUUGGACGAUGGCGGAGACUUGACCCACUGGGUGUACAAGAAGUAUCCCAGUGUCUUUAAGAAGGUGCGAGGUAUCGUGGAGGAGAGUGUAACUGGGGUGCACAGAUUGUACCAGUUGUCUAAGGCUGGCAAGCUGUGUGUCCCCGCGAUGAAUGUGAACGACUCGGUCACCAAGCAGAAAUUCGACAACCUUUACUGCUGCCGCGAAUCCAUCCUGGAUGGCUUGAAGAGGACCACAGAUAUCAUGUUUGGAGGAAAACAAGUCGUAGUAUGCGGUUAUGGAGAGGUGGGGAAAGGCUGCUGCACUGCUCUAAAGGCCCUUGGAGCCAUUGUGUGCAUCACAGAGAUUGACCCCAUCUGUGCCCUGCAGGCAUGCAUGGACGGCUUCCGAGUGGUCAAGCUGAGCGAGGUGAUCCGACAGAUGGACGUGGUGAUAACUUGCACUGGUAACAAGAACGUUGUGACCAGAGAACAGCUUGACCGAAUGAAGAAUGGUUGCAUCGUCUGCAAUAUGGGACAUUCUAAUACUGAGAUCGACGUGGCGAGCCUGCGCAGCCCCGAGCUGACCUGGGAGAGGGUCCGCUCUCAGGUUGACCACAUCAUCUGGCCAGAUGGAAAGAGAGUGGUUAUGCUUGCAGAGGGUCGCCUCUUAAAUCUGAGCUGCUCCACUGUGCCUACGUUUGUGUUGUCCAUCACUGCUACAACUCAGGCCCUGGCCCUGAUCGAGUUGUUCAAUGCUCCAGAGGGGCGUUACAAACAGGACGUGUACCUCCUGCCCAAGAAGAUGGAUGAGUAUGUGGCCAGUUUGCACCUACCAAACUUUGACGCCCACCUGACGGAGCUCUCUGAUGAGCAGGCCAAGUACAUGGGCCUUAACAAGAACGGCCCCUUUAAACCCAAUUAUUACAGGUAUUAAUGAGACUGUCUAAUGGUGAGAUCUUCAACACACAGUUGCCCUGGAUAAACAGAGAUAUCUAUUUUAUUUUCUCAAUUGCUACAAAACGGAGGAAUUAUUUUACUUAUGCUGAAUGUAACUUAUUCAUAGCACUUCAGACCUGGUGUUACGUACGGAAAAUAAUAGUGAGAUUUGUGGGAAAUAUAAGAUGUAUUACCAACUCACAUUUUACACGUCUUGUCAUGUGGUAAAAGAAAAAAGCUUGCUCGCAUGCUUUCAUGUCUACGUACUUAUUUAGUCGCUUCUGUUGGUAGAUCAACAAGUUACUGAUUUAUUUGUUUACCAUAUUUACGCACUGUGCCAAAGGAUACUGUAAAAAUGGAAAAGAUACCAUUUUAGUUUCGUCUGUCAAAAACAUGAAUAUUUAAGGACAUUCCAUUAAUGAGGGUUUAUGUUGAGUGAAAAAGAAGAACUCUGUAUUUAAAUAUAUAUUAUGUUAGAAUUGUUAAAGAUGUGUGUUUAAUAAUCUCACUCAAUGGUAUCUGCAUACAUGCCCAUAAAGGUAACAUCCAGUCACACUUUAGACAACAACACUGUACAAUAAUGAAGUAUGUCACGUUACAUAAACGACACCACUCAUGUUGUUUCUUUAAGUUUCAUUUACGACAGUGUGUGAGUGCAUUUUAAAUAACCGACACUUGGUGUUGGCAAGUGGAAGACAACAGUAGAUUAAGAUGUCACGUUGUUGUUAAGAUUACAACCUCGAUCCAUUCCAUAAAAGGAAAACUUGAAAAGGUGAAUGAAAAUACGCCUGAAACACACUUAUACUCCCCUCUUUUAGUUUCCAUUCUCUGAUUCCAAUCCCAGCUAAGGAUUGUGUGACUGAAGAGUAAGUGAUGCUUCGACUGGAUAUUUCCUUACCGGGCCAUGAUAUAAAUGUGCCUUUUAAUAAUUUCAAAUGUGUUAAUAUCAGCACUAACCUUAAUUAAAUGAACAUUCCUAUUUUAUUUUGUAAAAUCACAUCUAUUAGCGGCACAUAUAAUGUCUUCCUUUCACAGCUCCUGGUAAUAAUCGUGAUUCUGAUGUAUUUUGAGAAAAAGUAUUAGAUUUUAUGUUUGCCAUAUGAUUGUUGCUGUCUUAAUUUGAUCCAACAGGGUCACCUUCAGUACUAUUUCCUGUGAUCAAAAUGCAUCAAAAGUGUGUAUGAUGUAUGUUAAAAAAAAUGCAUUAAAUCAGCAAUAAAGCAAGUUCUUUGAACAGAAGAAGAUA